AUUAUACUAUAAAAUAUUGAACAUUUUUCAGUUGUUAAUUGUAUUCGAUACAAAAAAUAAAGGAAAAAAAUUGCAAAAAAUGACUGCGAUGGCCGGGAAUCGAACCCGGAUCAACUGCUUGGAAGGCAACUAUGCUGACCAUUACACCACCAUCGCAAGUUAUUUACAUGACGAAAAGAACUAUAUAUAAACAACGGAAUCAUGUUCUCACCAUGUUUUUAUUUUCAAAUAUUGUGAUAAGGCAUUUUGAUCACGGAAUCGUCGGAAUCCGUUAUCUGACUAACAUUCAACGGUAGAAAUGGUACAAUUUACGGCAUUUAUUACUAUAAAUUAAUAACUUGUUAAUUAUUAAAAUAAUAUAUAAUAAUAAUAUGUAUUACGGCAUGUGCCCUGGUUAAUGUUAAUCCAAUUACUGAGAACACUGAACAACUCAAAACGACAUACUUUUUAUUUCAUCGUUCGUACGACGAAAAUUUAAAAUCACUAUGACUGCGACGAACCCAGCACCGGCACAUUCAACGUCGGAGGCGCCAUUCCGUUUGACCGACUCGGAAACGAAUCCUAUGUGCAUAUAUCUGGUGAAAAACGAUAGCAAAGGCGACAAACUGUUGUUCCGUUACCCGUUCCAUAGUUUUGGAGGACCCGUUAAGGUGAGUCUGAACGAUCACAAACGGUCUUUGCACAAAGACGCGGGACUGGAAAAGACUGCUCGACCGCAUGAUCUCACCAUCUUCACGGACGACGUCAUAUCCAGUUUGUUCGCUGUCAAGAUGGAGCUGUGCGACCGAAAGUUUGAGCUGAAAGUGAACAACGUUCGAUUCAUUGGUCAUCCAAUGCAGCUUCAGACGGGCGGUAACGAGAGUAAUAGCGGCGGUGGCGAAGGUGGUAAUAAAAAACCACAGAGCCCAUCGAUCAUAAUGAUCAACAUUGUUUUUGCGCUAGACGCAUUUGCUCGUCGUCAGAUAUCCAACUGCUACUACGACCUGAGUAAAAUAUUGGGUGUCGCUCUGCGACAUGAAGAAAAGCGCUGUGCAUACCUAUCCUCACAAAUAAAAGAUAUGCUCUACAUACAUGAUACCAUGGCAAAUGAAUGUGACCUGGACUCAUCUACUGAUAAUAAUAAACAUUUUGAAAAAAUUCUUGAGACCAGUUCAUUGGCAUUGGAUUUGAAAUCAGUGUUUGAAGGUGUAGUUACUAAUGGUUUGAUCAAAUUAAAAGUCAAUGACUGGGUGGAUGUCAGCUUCUGUCUGCCACACAAGGUCCAUCAUUUCUAUAGAGACGGACAAUACUUUGAACCGGAAUCUAUUAACAAGUGUCUAAAAGGACUUAGGCCAUAUCAUGGUUUGCUGUUAAUGGCUGAACGUAAGGUUCUUCUGGACAACUUACCACAAGAUUCUAGUCCAUCAAUUGUUCGACUUAUCAAUAUGUAUAAUCCUGUCAAAAGUUUAGAAACCUUAUCUGCUGAUUCUGAUCUUACAUUGGCUCAGGUCUUUAAUAUAGCUGGACAUUUGAUUUAUUGGGGUGACGCAAUUGUAAUUUUUCCAUUGUCUGAAACAAACAUGUAUGCUAUUGCUCCUAAUGUCCCAACUGAACGUAAUAAUAAAUUUGCAAAAAAAUUUGAAAAGAGAUUCCCUGGACAAAAAUUAUUGGAGGUAAUGAGUGAAUUUUCCUUUCCAACAUCAUUGCAGUAUAAAAUGUGUCCUAUUGAAGAUAAGAGUAGUGGCUCAACAACGAUUCAAAUGCUUAUUUGGUUGUUACAGCACAAAAUGUUAUUACAAUAUCAUACAUAUGUAUAUUUUAUGCCAUCCAGUAAAGGACUUGGUUAUUAUAAUGAUGAAUCAGAAUUUCAUGACUACAAUAAUAAACAUCCUUCUGAAGCACCAAUGACUACAUACCAAACUCUAUCGGAAAAUUGGCUGCAGUUGUCAUCAGGGGGAUAUAGUUCUUCUAUGUCAAGUGCUGAAGAAAUGUUUCAUAGUUUAGAUGAAGAUGAACAAAUAGCGUUGAUGCAUAUACCUGCAUCAGCAAAUCCUGACGAUUUUCGUUUAUUAAUGAGAUUAUUAAAACAAGGUUAUCUAUCUGGAGAACAUCAUUUAGAAGAGAUAAUGUAUUUAGAAAAUAUAAGGCGGUCAGAAUUACUAAAAUUGUUGGACAAGUUCAAAGAUGUACUAGUUACUGUUGAAAUGGAAGAUCCAAUAAUCAGUAAUUUUUAUUCUCAUUGAAGGCAAAAAUAUGUAUAAAAUGUUAAAUAAUAUUUAUUGGGUAAAAUCAGGAACAUAUAAUUAAAAUGUCUUCCAGUUAACAUUUUGUUUUGUAUUAAAUAUUAGUAUAGUUUUGACGGUUGAACAAUUUUGAUAUUUUUAUAAAAUAAUUACUAUUACAAAUAAUUAUAUACCAUUUUUUUUCACAAAAAUGUGUUUUAUAAAUAUAUUUCAAAGAAAGAUUCUUUUA